AUGAGGGAGAACGGUGCGCAGAGGACAAAGAACUGCGUCACCUCUGACUUUGUCGUGCUGCGACGCGUCACACGGCAGCGUGCCCCUAGCGCGGUUACCUACUACAGGCCUUUGCCACAGGCUGAAACUAUUGACCAGCUAGAGAAAGAGGCGCACAGGAAAUCUGGCCAGAUCUGUGCACUCUUCUCUAGCUCUUGCGCUUGAGCUCUAGGGCGACGCUCAGAAAAAACAUCUGGAGAAAAACCAUUCCAGGCAUCUGGGAAGCUCGAAAAACCACAAUCGUCCAGGCAUCCGGGAAAAGUGAGAACUAACUCCCGGGAAAACUCCUACUCGUACCUCAGUUCAGCUCGGUUGCCACGGUUUUGAUCCGGCAAUCCAUCCUUCGCCGCCAUACGAUCUUGAACUGCCGACCAUCUGACUUUGCCGCGUCUGUGAAGUUGUGGAAGAGAACUGGGUUACCCAGCGAUUUUCUCCUUUCCUGGAUGUUGGUGGAGGGGAAAAAUCGUAAAAGGUGGGCUCUGACUCCCAGUGGCUCGACCGCUCGCUGCUACCAGUUGGGGAGAUGCGCAAGUCUCUUUUAUAAUAAUGAUUUAUUCUACAAAUAAAUCUGAUGCGGAUGGAGGGCAUUGAGAAGUGGGGGAUGGGUGGAUUGGAGACGAGGGAGCGGGACGGCGUCCGCAGCGUCCGCUCCGGGCUCGACUGAUGAUGGAGCUGGCUGGAUCGUCGGGGUCGGUCGGCUCCGCCUCUUCUGUAAAAAGCAAAGUUAUUCUUGCCUUUAGAAAGUGGAGGCGUCUGGCGAGGGACUGUGCGAGGCCGUGGAGGCGCAGGCUUUAUCAAUCCGCCUGCGCGGUUGCCUCGCGCCAGACGCCUAUGUUUUUGGUUGCUCUAAUUGCCCUUGA